ACAAACGAUUCUCUGAAUUCACUUGACAGUCUGGAAAAAAAUAAAUGAGAAAAGAAGGUUGCAAAAAAGCAGCCUGCAUUUUGAAGGCCUUUCAUGAGUGACUGUGAAGAAUAGUAGCAGUAAGUCUUACACUAAAUGGGAAACGUACAUUUGGGUGCAUGUGUUACAGCAGAUGUUUUCAUGGAGGACGAUGAGGCACACCUGGACAAGACACGAGUAGCUGGAGGGAGAUGAUUGGUUGACAUAAGGCUUAUGUCAUGCCUACCUUAUGUCAUAAGCCCAGAGGAACCUGGGCGUCCCGAUGCGUCACGCGGAGCGUCACCCAGCAGGACGACCGUACGAAAACCGGGCCUUCGAAGACGACGAGUGUACGGCCGUGAUGGAACGCGACGCCAACGGGUCAGACAUCAGAGCUAGACCUCCGGGGCUGAGUCUGGUCAUGGUGCAGAUGGAGCCCACGUGUGAGGACCCCCGCUCGGUCACCGUGGAAAUGUACCCCGAGCCCGUCGUGGACACCAAGAUCGACAACAGUGAUCAGGAGGAGGAGGAGAAGAGCUGUGGUCCUUCCAGUUCUCCCAGUUUUCAGUUGUCACAGGAGGAGUGGCCGGGCAUGGCGACAGAUAACCAGAGCCUAUGCCAGAACACCCUGCCUCCCCUGUCCUCCUCACCUUCACCUUUGCCUUCCCUGCCCGACACUGGCUUGCGGUCAUCGCUCACCCUGCGGGGGGCCGAGGCUCUGGCGGCCCCCGUCCACCAUAGCCUCAGCUUGUCGCACGGAGGCGCCCCUCUGAUGAUCUCGCACCACGUCUCGGUGGGACACGCCACCGUGGCGGUGGACGUUCAUUUUUACCCGGCAGGCACCGCUGCGGCGGAAAGCACGAGUGGUGCCACUUCCACAAUGGAUAACAAGCAGAAGAACGACAAGGCCAGACUCCAUCAGAGCAAAUGAAUACAUAAUAAACCAGGACACUUAAAGCAGGGGUUGUUAAACCGUUCGAGUCCAGGGACGUCUUACAAGGGAGGAAUUUUUCCAAGGACACCUCAUAAUCCUAACGGCAAUUAAACAUACACGUUGGGUAUAUUGCAUUGCAUUUGAUCCAUGAAAAUUUCCAAGGACGUCCACUUCUGUGCCUUUCUGUGACUCUUACGGUGCCCCUGUGUCCAAUUGUUCAAUAUUUCAAUACUUUUUGCACAACUUGCUGUUCUCUAACAAAGAGCUGAACUGCCAAAAUUCACAGUAAAAUGUAUUUAAUCCAUGAAAAUGUCCAAGGAUGUCUGAUUGUUUCGGUCUUUCUGUGACUCUUCCAGUCUCUCUGUUGCAAAUUACUGAUGACAUUCAACAACACUCUAAGCUCAGUAGCUACUGAAUCAACUCAUUCAAAUGUUGGGUUUUAUCUUUGUCUCGUGAUUUCUAAAUGUGAAUAGCAAGAUGAAGAGGACUGUUUAGAUAGCAAUUAUAAUUGAACCAGGACAUUAGUUGGUCAAUCAUGGAUCAACCAAAUAUAACACUGAGCUUAGUGUCUCAACAGUGGUUGAAACCAAGAUGGAGAUUACUGGGGGAGUCACAGAAAGGCACAGAAAUGGACUGGUCCAUCAUUUUCAUUCAUUUUGCCGUUCACCUACUUGUUAGAUAUCAGCAAGUUGAACAAAGAGUAAUGAAACAUUGAACAGUUGGAUGUUUGAAUUCAAAAGUUUAGAGAAGGUCAAAAUAAGUUCACCUAGGUUGAUUGCAGUGCAUUUUAGGUUCAUCCUCAAAUUUCACCCCAAAGCCAAAUGGGGAGUAGUGUAACUACUAUGUGUACCCCGAAAUACCAUAGGAAUUAAAAAAUUGAUGUAUGUUUACACAUUCAUGUUUUUUGGGUGAAAUUUUUUUUAACGUACAAUAAAAUUCAUCCAUCCAUUUUCUUAACCGCUUAUCCUCACGAGGGUCGCGGGCUGCUGGAGCCUAUCCCAGCUAUCUUCGGGCAGGAGGUGGGGUACACCCUGAACCGGUCGCCAGCCAAUCGCAAGGCACAUAUAAACAAACAACCAUUCGCACUCACAGUCACGCCUACGGGCAAUUUAGAGUCUCCAAUUUAUGCAUGUUUUUGGGAUGUGGGAGGAAACCGGAGUGCCCGGAGAAAACCCACGCAGGCACGGGAAGAACAUGCAAACUCCACACAGGCGGGGCCGGGGAUUGAACCCGGGUCCUCAGAACUGUGAGGCUGACGAUCAAACCAGUCGACCACCGUGCCGACCAAUCAAAUUCAUAAUUUUUCAAAUUAAAAAAAGUAAUCUUCACACGAAUAAUUUUUUUUCUGGGAUAAAAUGUACUCUUACAGGAAUAAGC